AUGCAAAGGAUAUUACAAGCAGAUGAAAUAACAAAAAUACAAGUGCUUGGAAAAGAGAAGAGGAAGAGGAUAGAAAUGAUAUUCUCAGAAAGUGAGGACAGUGACCUGGAUAAAGAACAGAGAGAACCAUAUUCAGGAAGCAACUUUCUGUACAGUGAAAGUAGCAGUGAUGAUGAAGAGCCUUUAUUUCAACUAUCCAAGGUAGAACUGUGUGCCAAAAUAAAAAGUCUCAAGAGGAAGCUGACAGACACCAUGAGAGAAAAUUGCCGCUUAAGGCAGUCCCUGGUGAUGCUUCAAGUGUUGCCACAGGCAGUCACCCAUUUUGAGGAACUGGUAGGGAUGGCUGAAGCACUGCUCAAAGGGGGAGUGACAUCAUCUACGUCCAGUCUGCAUUCACAUGCUGUUUGGAAGGCAUCUGGCAACCCGUUAGCAGAUUCAUAUGCAGCUAUGCAUAGUAAUUCCAGCUCACCAGUAACUUUGAAUGUGGAAGAUGAGGAGCAACAGAAUGAAAAGCAGUUCAAGAUCGAAAAGUGGCAGAUUGCACUUUGUAACAAGAGCAAACCUCAGAAGUUUAUAAACGACUUGAUGCAAGCACUUUAUACACAUGAAUACAUGGCUACACACAGCCUGACGGGUGCAAAGUCCUCCUCUUCGAAGGAUAAAGCAGCAAAACCAGCUAUGAAUCAGAAUGAAGUUCAGGAAAUCAUAGGAAUCACAAAACAGUUGUUUCCAAACACAGAUGAUGCCUUAAUUAGGCGAAUGAUGGGACAAAAACUGAACAAUUGCACCAAGAAGCCAAUUUUAAGCAAAGAUCUUAACUCAGGUGCUUUUCAGAAGCAUAGCUUUUGUGGUUCAACAGCUGCUCCUCAGGGCAUCAUCUCUUCGGCUGUUCCUCCCAGCACCCAAGACCAGCAGGAUGAUGAUUCACCAGCUGCCAAUGCACAAGUUCAGCAAAGUGACAGCCGUCAGACUCCUCCACCUCCCACCCCACAAGGUCAGCAGGAGUGUUUCAAGCCCACUUCCAAGGUGGAGUCUCAACUCGCCAGAAGCUCACCAGCGCCCUCUCCCAACCACGGUUGUGGACAGGAUCUCAGGAAUUCAGACAACAAAUAA